AUGUUUGCGCUGGCUAAGCUAGUCACGACGAUGACCUUGGAUGAAUUGCAGGAGUUGUUGGUUUGUGAUGAGGCUGUACUUCGCAGUCAGAUGGAGGCCAAGCUUGAGGACGUUGUUGCUCAGGUAAAGAUUGAUGAAACUGUAGUGAACGAGGCGAAGCUUCUCAAACAAAAAUUCGACGAACGUGAGAGGGAGUUUGAGUCUGACGAAUUGGUCAAUUCCGAGGAUAUGGAGGGCGGUGGUGAUUUUGAGGACGUGGCCGAGGUCGAGGAGGAAGAAAUUGAGUCAGAAGAGGAGUAG